AUGACCUUCACGAAGCCGGUUCUCAUCUCCGGCGGCGGCAUUGCUUCACUGCUGCUCGCUUCAACCCUGCGCCGCAGCAACAUUCCGUUUAUCGUAUACGAGCGCGAUGCAUCACCCAUCUUCCGUGCCCAGGGCUACCGGUUACGCCUCUCCAACGAGGGUCUCGACGCCAUCGAGAAGGCACUGCCGCCCGAGAAGUGGGAGACGUUCUGGGCCACAUGCGGGAAGACUGGCGGUUCGGGUCUUGUAACCAUAGACCCUUUAACCGGCGAGACAUUAAGCCAGGGGCCCGAUGCUGCCAGUAGACCCAACACAGGUCCGAGGGAAGUGUUGUCGUCCCGCGACGGCAAGGUGGUGGGCAUUAGCCGCGGCGACAUGCGGAAGGUGUUCAUGGAAGGCAUCGAGGACUCGAUCCGAUGGGGCCACCAUGUCAGGAGCUACGAGUUGACAGCCGACGGUGUGCGUGCUAUCUUUGCAGACGGCUCCGAGUCUGAAGAUGGCUGCUUGCUGGUAGGCGGUGAGGGCAUCUAUUCCUACGUCGCAAAGCAGCUGUCUGGCGGCAAACUCAAGGUGUACGAUCUCGGAUCCCGUGGUAUCCACGGCCAGGCACCCACAGCAGCUUUCAAGGGUCUUGGAGAGGGUGUCUUCCGCCUCGUUGACGAGAAGACGGUUCCCGGCCAUAAGAUUUUCCUCAUUACCAACGUCCGCCCUCAAGAUAUGGACGAUCCCAACGUCCAGUUCGGCUGGACUAUGGGCGGCUCUCCCGGUGUUGUCAAAGCACCCAACAACAAUUACACAUUGAUUGGUAAGCCUGCCGCCGACAUAGCCAAGUCGCUCACCGAGAAUUGGCACCCCCGCUUCAAGCCUCUAUUUGAGCAAAUGAACGAGUCGGAGGCCGCUUUCUGGAAGAUCACUUGCUCUUCUCCUGAUGGAGUUCCUGAAUGGACCAACGAGCCUCGAGUCACUGUAAUUGGGGAUGCGGUACAUUCCAUGACUCCAGCAGGCGGCAUCGGCGCGAACACGGCUGUGAGAGACUCAGAGCUGCUAGGUAGAUUGUUAGCAGAAGCUGGCGAGUUCAGAGACGGCAUCACAGAGGCGUAUGAGAAGGAAAUGAGGGUUUACGCCAGUGAAGCUGUCAAGACGAGCUUCAAUCAAUCAGUUGGAGCGUUUGGUACAAAUAUCGACUUGAACGCGACUAUAGAACCAAGGGAUGUCUAA